CCCUGUACGAGAAAAUGGCGGCCGCCUCCAAUAACUUCACUGCGAAGCUUGAUGGGCAGAUGUGUGGUCCAAUCAGCGCUGGCCGCGCCUUAUAUAUAUCGGGCGCAGGGGUUUGCUCGUGCUGUUUUUGCAGUUGAGCGCUCUUGGUGUGUAGUUAUGGCUCGUACUAAGCAGACGGCGCGCAAGUCCACGGGCGGGAAGGCCCCUCGCAAACAGCUGGCCACCAAGGCGGCCCGCAAGAGCGCGCCGGCCACCGGCGGCGUCAAGAAGCCGCACCGCUACCGCCCGGGCACGGUGGCCCUGCGCGAGAUCCGCCGUUACCAGAAGUCCACCGAGCUGCUGAUCCGCAAGCUGCCCUUCCAGCGCCUGGUGCGCGAGAUCGCGCAGGACUUCAAGACCGACCUGCGCUUCCAGAGCUCGGCCGUCAUGGCGCUGCAGGAGGCGUGCGAGGCCUACCUGGUGGGCCUGUUCGAGGACACCAACCUGUGCGCCAUCCACGCCAAGCGCGUCACCAUCAUGCCCAAGGACAUCCAGCUUGCGCGCCGCAUCCGUGGGGAGCGGGCAUAAGCUGUCCUCAGCGUGUGGUGACCUUGAACCCAAAGGCUCUUUUCAGAGCCAACCACAGGUUCACUGAAAAAGGGUUGUAGUACGGGUCAAUUUAUUCGUUGCUAAAAAGGAAUUGUGAAACUUAAACUUGAAGGGUUAAUAUCAAGACAGUAGUUAUAUAUUAACAUACCGCCGUGAAACUUCUAAAGUUGCAUUAGACAUGUUGGAAGUUUGCAUUGUCAUUACUUAGUGGCUCAUACAAAUUCUGUCUAGAAUAGGAGAGCUAAGCCACCAGGUUUUCAGUUCAAGGUAUUUCCUCAGAUACAGCUUUGUCGGAGAUGAGUGUUCCCUGUGUUAUUCCCCUCCAGUUAUAAGGCCUGAUUACUGAGUGUCCUUAAUUGUAUGGGGACUCGACCAUACUUCUGGCCCUACAGUUAAAUACCGAUCUAUCUGAAGUAAGUUUGUAGCUCAGGUGAUGGAAAUUGGCCUUAGUAUUCACCACCUAGACAGAGAUCCAAUAAAGACGUUUAUGUAGCAGGGAAAAUAAAACUUCCUUAUCACAACCCAAAAUUCAAUAAGAUUUAAGAUGCUGAAGUUGUUGUCAUAAGAAAUUUCCAAACUUAGAGAUACAUUUUAUUGGCUGCCAAAACUGGCAAUAUGUCCCAGGGGAUCAAGACCUGAAAGGAUCUGGAGGAUAGUUUUGCAAUUUCCUGUACUCGUUUGAAAAGGAAUAUUACAAGGAGGUAGAAGAGAGCGGGGCGGGGAUCGAGGUACCAGACAGUUAAAUUUUUGCUUGGUGACUGCUUUGGAAGGAGGGGUCUGUAGGAGUGUCAAAGGUGUGGGAAGUAGAUGCACAAAGCAUUGAACAGCACUUGCUUAAGGUGAAGCCAGGAGUUCAAACCCCUCAGAAUAUAUUUGUUUAUCAUAUAUAUACAUGUUUGUUUGUAUGUAGCACCCUGUUAACCAUCACACAAACUGCAUAGCGUGAGGCCUGUUAGACUUCUGGGAGAAAUACAUUAGGAAGAGUUACAGCACACAAGGGUCGAGUGUCACAAGUACAGUGAAGAUAACCUAGUCAUAUGCACUGUUAAGAUACUUUGCAGCCCUGGCUGGCGUAGCACAGUGGAUUGAACGCGGGCCUGCGAACCAGAGUAUUGCGGUUUGAUUCCCAGUCAGGGCACAUGCCUGGGUUGCAGGCCAGUUCCCGGCAGGGGACGCAUGAGAGGCAACCACACAUUGAUGUUUCUCUCCCACUCUUUCUCCUUCCCUUCCCCUCAAUCUAAAAAUAAAUAAAGAAAAUAUUUUUAAAAAAAAGAUACUUUGCAGCUACAAAGUGAACAAGUAAGUGAAACUGAGGGUUUUGAUUUAAUGUGUAAUAUUGGGUUAGUAUGUAGCUCUAGACCUCUGUUGGUUUCUUCCCAGCAUGCCCCUGAGCCUGGGCCCUUCCCCCAACUCUCU